CUGCAGCCGUGUCAGAGAAUCUAACUGAGGCUUCCUUCAUCAUUCAAGAAGUGCAGCAAGCUCCUGUCCAGCAGUCCAACCAUGGUGUGGGUGCUGUGGUCUUUGGUGGUGAUGCUGAGCUUUUGCAGGGCAGAUGGGGAAUCUUCACUUCAGUCAGUUGUUGGAAGUACCGCCUAUUUUUACUGCAAGUACACCCUUUCCUCUGCUGACGAGUACUACAAUAUCGAGUGGUUGAAGCUUCCAAGCACACCAGAACAUGAUAACAGGACCAUUAUUAGCUUCACUGAUGGCAAGCUGCAUACUGAUCUGUACCCACAAAUGGAGGGCAGGGUCUUCUUCAUGUCUCCUGACCCCCGCAAUGGAGAUGCUUCCAUAUACAUCCGCGACUUGCGUCCAUCAGACACGGGCACCUACGUGUGCAGCGUGCAAACGUCAUCUAAAAUCUUCAAGCAGAAUGUGAUGUUGACAGUCAUUGAAGAGAUGAACAAUCCAGUGUGCAACGUGGAAGGGAAGCCUGCGGUGGGUAAGGAUGUGACACUCAAAUGCAGAUCACAAGGCAACCCGCAGCAGUACAUAUGGGAAAAGACCAGCGGAAACAAGGUGUUGCCUCCUAAAGCCAAUGAGGACACCAGAAAAGGGGACUUGCUUGUAAAGAACAUCACUGAGGAUGACUUUGGACAUUAUCUCUGCACGGUGAAAGGUCUGAAUUCCACCAAAAGCUGUCUGGUCCAACUCAAGAAUCCACUGGCACCCCCGGGUGAAGAAGUUGAAUCUACAGGCGCUCUGUCCCCAUUGGCCCCCAGCAAUGGAGAUCCAGCUACUGUAGCGGCCGUGACAACAGUAAUGCUUUUGCUGGCCAUUGUCUGUGUUGUGGUUGGUAUCUGGUACUGGCGCAGAAGAAGUCGUACGUAUGCCCCCAAUGAAAUUGAGGUGGCGGCGCAUCCUAAGUCAGAGAGAGCCAACACGCUGACUCAACCAUCAAACACGGGAAAUCUCUUCUAUGACCAGGUGGACGCUCUUUGAGGAGGACCAGGACAUGCAGCGGCAACAUCAUCCCUUUUCUGUCGUUUUUUUAAUCAUUUGUCCUGUGUUGUCUAUACCGUACACUCGGGGUUUCCAACCAUGCAGGGGCUCACCAGCUGAUGAGCAGCUCACCAAAGAGUUUUCUAAGUGUUAAUUCAGACAUUAUACGUAUUUAAUGCCAAAUUACCACAAAAUAGCGUAGACUAGUGAUUUGGAUUAUGGAAAACUAGGACAAAUGUGUUUUUAAGUUUUGGAAAGCAACCAAUACUGUCAGGAUAAAUAUGCUCGCUAAUGUUGUGAAAACAUGAAAAUAGAAACGUGAAAUUUUAUGAGACUUCAACUUGGCAAGCGUCAAAAGGAUUAACUCUGCAUAUGUAUGUGUCGCUUUGCUUUUUCUUUGGCUUUUUGCAGCCCUUUUGGCAACACUGAUUUCAAAAGCUGCCCGCCCGGCAAUGGCACGCCAGCCUGUUAGGGAUGACGUCACGUGCAGCAGAGUGCCCUGAUUCCGCUCAGUUUGAUGAAAAACAAGUUGGGAAAAAAACAAUACAGCCAAGACAGGACAUAAAUGUGAGUUGUGGAUACUAACAUUUUGUUUAUGUUCUGGCAAAACAAGCUUAUUCAGCAUAAAAAAAUAUUGUACAUUUUUAAAAAAAGCAAAAAUAAAUGUUAUCCCUUGACUAUACAGUAGACGCCCCUACAACGUAAAUAAUCCGCUCCGAGAACCUUUGUUAUCGGGUUUUUAUGUUAUACGAAGCGUAAAAUACAUGUAAAUAGCUUAAUCCGUUCCAAGAUCUUCCCAAACUCACCCCUUUGGCCCUUCAAAAUAUUCAAAGUCCAACAAAUAUGGUGGGAAAAUAUAAGAAAACAUUAGCAUCAACAUAGUAGAGUAACAUUCCAAUAUAAAAUAAGGUAAUAAGAUUACUGUAAAUGAGUAAAACUGAUAAACAAAAACAAUCCUACCGUUCACGAGAUGUCUUGAUCAGGAGCGCAAGUGGAGGCAGGAAGGAGGAGGACUAGCCUGAGUCAAAACGCAACUCAUUAAGAGUCAGCUGGUCUCAGACAAACGCACACGCACUACACGAUAAUGCUGUGUGCAAAAUUUUAAUUUGUAACUGAAUUGUUUAAUUAAAAUUUUAAUUUGUAACUGAAUUGUUUAAUUAAAAUUUUAAUUUGUAACUUAAUUGUUUAAGUUAGUUUAAGGGGGACUACGAAGAGGAAGGAGUUUGAAGGGACAAGCCUGUCUCUCACACAAACUCGCGUACGUUCUGUAUAACUCAGCCAAUGAGAUGAGAGCGGAGCCGGUGCCUCGAAAAUCAGCCAAUGAGAGCGUGCUGCGUCAGAAGGCGUCACCAAGUGUUAGUCUGAACUUGCACCGACUUGAGGCAUUAAUAAAGUUGAUUGAAAAAAAAAACUUGCACUGACUUGACGCUUUACAUUAUAUGGAAUCUCUUAUGUAAUACUGGACGUCCUGGACGGUCCUCUGGACUCCGUGGAGGAAGUGGGGGAGAGAAGGAUGUUGGCUAAGCUGACAUCCAUCAUGAACAACACCUCUCACCCGCUACAUGACACUGUUGUUUCCCUGAGCAGCUCCUUCAGCAGCAGACUGUUACACCCACGGUGUAAGAAGGAGAGGUUCCGCAGGUCCUUCAUACCGACCGCUGUCAGGCUCUACAACACCUGCACCACCUGAACCAUGUUGUAGACACUAUGCUUUCUUUACACUGUUCUCUUUACUUGUCUUGCUUGCUUGCUGCUGUAACAAGUAAAUUUCCCCGCUGUGGGAUAAAUAAAGUACAUACAUA